GUAGUACAUGACCCCCUUCACUGCGAUAUUCAAUCUAUGAUGUCAUCAUCAAAUAUGAUGUCACCACGGCGCCCCCUGCAUUACGGGGAUAUAAUCUACCUGAGUACUGGGGCCGGUAGUAUCGGUGCUUUCUACCCUUUCAGUUCACUCAACAAUCUUCUUCUUCUGGACCAUGGCUCGUCUUUGGAGUCAGCUCAAGCAAUGUGGUGCACGUUUAGGAUUCUCCCCCCUUAUCAAUUUAAAGACCAAGCCGCACUGCAGAAUGAGUUUAAACGCCCCAAAAAAAACUGGCCAAAGAUCAGUAAACUGGAAAAGGAUGUUGAGAAUGAAAAUGUGGACAACAAGAAACGCUUUGUUCGCUCCCUCUCCCGCACUGUGCGCUACCAGCAGGAAAUGCAACUAGAGCACGUAGCAACAAGGAGAUUUAUGGGGCACACCCCUAGCAGGACCUCAUCUACUGAAGAUAGAAACUUUCCUUGCUGUUUGGAGGAAAUUCCGAGCAAGAAAACCAUUUUCAAAAUGUGGCCCGUUAUACCAGGAUAUGCCGCGGGUGAUGUUGUCCACAGUUGUGAUAUUGUGAACAUUUUCACUGAUCCUGAUGGAUUCGUGAGAAACAGUUUUCUUCCACUGUCCACUGAAAAUAGCUUCUAUCCCUCCCUUCCUGAAAUCAACAUUGGCCCUGUCAAUGAGAGCUUUAAGGUGUCGUUGCACUAUCAGAUGAUCGAUUGCGAUGAAUUGAAGAUUUCAUCUUGGAACGAAGUGGACAUUGAGGAAAUGCUGAAUCCUUUUCGACUGAUGGGAACAAACUUGAUCCAACUUACAAGGUCUGGGACCGACCUGCGAUUCGUGCUUGACAACAAAACCGGCACGACCACAAACCUCACCCUUAAGGAUAUACCCAUACCAAAAGACAAACACAACUGCACCGCGGUGGAAACGUACUGGGUUCUCGAACACGAUACUACGGACGGAGCUUUUAGAGGCGACCUCAUAACAGAUGGCACCCCUGUGCGACUUCGGCACUUUGUAACCGGUGAAUAUGCCAGGUUGCCCGGUAAUGGCGCGCAUAUUAGGCUUCAGGCCGCUCUGGAUAGUGGAGGCAAAACGGAUCAAGUUUACAAAACAGGAGCUCACGUCAAACUUGCUACUGAUAAGGGGUACAUAGGGAGUAGUGAUAAUGCAACUGUUAUUAGUAAGCUCGAGUUUAACUUUAAUGACACUGUAACAUUAAGAGAGGUUGAAACUGUGGGAAGAACUUCUGCGAUGAGAAUUCUGGGAUUGAAACUUUUGUUGAGCACAAUCUCGACUAAGGACAAAAACGACUUCAAGGUUACCGUGGCUAAUUACAAAAUAAUAAGUAUGGCCAUGAUAGAUUCCGAACAGUUACUUGAAACAAGAAAAGAGACAGCAGAAGAUUUCAUCUCCUUCGGCAUAGUAGAUACAUUGUUUGAAUUAGCAAAACUUUACUCUACCACCAAAGUGAAAACCAAUGAAGUUAUACUUUGUCUUGAUGCUAUAUGCAAGCUCUUGAAUAAAAUCUCUCGCGUGAAACCUUUUGUCAGCUUUGACAAACGGACUUCAGAGUUAUUGUCAUUGUUAAUAGUAGAUGAUUUGAAGAUUGGUAUCGAAUGUCAUGAUUCAGAUGACGGUGACCAAGGAGAUAUGAUCCAGGACGGUGACCGAGGAGAUGUGAUCCAGGCUGACCUAACACCAACUGUUGUUUCACCUUUAAACUCAUUAUUAUCCAACUGUCCAUUUCUACUCUCUAGCAUCUUCGAAGAGCGAGUUGUCAAACUUGUCGCGGCAUUUGAAAAAACAUCCGACCGAGUAAAAAAGAGGGAAUUAGCAAAAAUUAUGUGCUCCUUAUGCAGAAUCCGAGGUAAAACUGUGCCCGUGAACCAGAAAAUCAUCUCAGAUCUUCUCUUCAAGAACAAUUCCAGAUCUCGAGCAUUGUUGAAGCACAUCAUCAAAGACAAUGAUAUCUUUUACGAAGGGACCUCCAUCACAGAAAUCACCCAAAACUCUGACUUGUAUGAGUGCUUGUUAAGCCAGCUACAGUUAUACGAGUGUUUGCUGUACGGCAGAGUGGUUAACAGCGAGAUCAAAGAUAGAUUAGUGGAUCAGCACAAUAUGUUUACUCUCGCUGAGUGUGUUAAAGUGAUUAAAAACAAACAAGUGGACAGCAAUGUUAAGGGUUGGUACAUCCAGAUUAUGAUAGCAGCUUACAUAGACACGGGGUUCACCGACACCAAGAUAAUCCCCCAGAUGCUGACUUUCCAAUACGAUGAGAAUAUCGUGAACAGGGCCACUAUCUGUGGUUCCAGUGGUAAACCCCCCGAUAAAACUGAAGAUCUCUACCAGAGCGUGUUGAAGGAGCUCGAGAGAUUCUUAAAGAGAAACGCUACAUGCACUAUUAACGAUCACGACUCCCGGAGGAAGAACAUGUACAGGUAUCACAUGAUGCGGCUACUGGAGUACAUGUUCAGGGCACGACGGAUCAACUACGAAAAUGCCAAUAGGUUCAUUAUCCCUCUCGUCGCAUUUCUAGAUGGCACCAACGAUAUGUACGCUGUAAAACCUUCAGAUCCUAAGAACGAGCGAACCUUCCAAAAGAUUUUCAGGUUCAAACCACUGGAGAUAAACCAGCAAUUGUUCGAUAUUAAGAAAAGAGCUCUACGGGUCCUCUAUUACGCUUACGAGUCAGCCCUAUUUGACUAUUGGACCCAUGUCAUGAAGGAAGUCUACUCCACGGUCAAGAAUUAUAACAAGAAUAAAGAAACAUGGUUGAAUCAGAUCGGGAACUUUUUGGGGAAGUUUGAUAUGCGUUUAAGUUUUCACGAGGUCAUUAUAAAGGCUUUUGAGGAUCCUGACUUUGAUGUAACCUCUAAAAAAGAAGUGGAUGCAUGUAACACCUUGAAACAAAUGCUCAUGGAUGAGUACAAAAAGAUUGAGCUCUUUUCUCAAAUGGAUGAAGUUAUUCGAGUUCUAGUUGAUACCAUGAGAUAUGAAGAUAAUUCCCUAUGUGAACGUGCCAUGAAACUAUUGGUGAUGAUAAGAUCUCCUACAAAUCGCCUUUUAGAGUUGCUUCCCAAGUCAGCGAUAACGAUAUCGCUGACACCAGAGUUCGACAAGAGGCAGGAGAUUAUUGAAAACGUCAUGAGCUUCUUUAAAACUGCGAGAGAUGAGCUCUCGCUGGAAUCUAGAGAGAAGAUUUGCACGGUACUGGAGUCAUUGGAGCAGUCCCUGAGAGAUGACGAUCAGGCUGUGAACAAAGCUCGCCAAAAACUCCUGUACGAUCUGGAUGUCGUGAUAGAAAUCAUAUCGUUGUUGGUUGAACCUAUGUCGAGUCUGAUAACACGACCAAUAGAAAGCUCAGAGCUGAAGAGUGUAGCCGAGUCAGUUGACAAGAUGAAAGCCCGCGCUUUUUCCUUCUCCAAUUGCUUAUUUCCAAUCUUCCGGCCGCUCAAAGGAACGUCAUGAAACACUUCAUCGAGCUUAUUAGCAUUCAAGUUGCAGGAAAUUUGCCAAACAGCGAGCUGGAGGUAUCACGUGUGCUGGCUCUAAACGAGGUCUUCACAGCUAACACCAACCUCUCUAUCAAGGUCAACGAUGACAUCCUCCAAGCCAUAUUCGACAAGUUGCUGACCCUGGUGAAUGCAAAGAGCCUAGAAGAGCUGGCACUGAACUCUCGCGCCACCUACCGUUACCUCGAGAUGUUGGAAAAUAUUCUCGAUCUUGAGGAGAGUAAUCAAGUCCUCUACAAGCUUCAGGCAAAUGUGUUGAGGUUCAUUAGAAAUCACUGGGUAGAACUAAACGGAUCCAUGAUAACCGAUAACGGAACAUCUAUUUCUCUCGACUUGUUAAACUGCCGUUACUCA